CGCGCAAGUCAGUUUGACGACAUAUUGAAAUUUCGAAAUCUCGAUUCGCAGCUCACUUCAAACGCAUUGGCUGCGUUCAGAAAACACGAUUAGUGAGCGGUCAAUGGUUAUUGGUCUUUACUGUUAGACCCCCGAAAGUUAGACUGUUUAUUUAUUACUCGACUGUUGUACAACCGUUGUGUUUUCUGAAUGCAGCCAUUGCUGUGAGCGAGCGGAAGGCGCGGUUUCGUCGAGCACGGUUCGCAAUGUGAUUUUGUCGUCUAAAGGAUCUAAAUGUCGCAAGGAAGAUAUGCAUGUAAAGAGAAUGAACACGAGUUUCUCGAGUGUUACCGAUGCUACUUCGCUAAAUCCAAGAGUAAACGGUAAAGGCAAGUUACUGAAAUCUCCAACAUCGCAGAAGAAAACGAAGACGAAGAAACAAAUUCGUUUGUUCAUGCAUCUGUCGGUCAGUUUGAUCGAUACGUGUCCAAUUAUGGGUUUAACAUUUGCACAUGUUGAAUAUCGACACAGCAGAAAAUGUUGAGAUAAACAUAAACACAAUACGUUAAAUGAAUACACGGAUACAUCGUAGAAAACGGGACUUACGUGCACUUCCGUUUGUAUUACUAAUCGAAGGGACGACAGCCAGGUUCAGUGAUAUCUAGCCAUUACGAGGAAAGGUGAUAACGUGUAUCGAUAUCGUUGAUCAGUGUCGACCGUGGCUCAUUCACAGGUGAUCAUAAUGCGGCGGCGAGAAGUCGAAACGAAGAUCGCCCAUGCAAGUAGUAGCGUUGUCGCGCGCCGAAGCGAGGUAGCGCAGGCAAGCUCGGUUCUAACUCGCGCACUGACCAACCGCGAUGGAUAUAACGUUGCAAAGGGCAGUGGCCGGACUUCACCAAGCCGAGUAGUGAUGCCGUCGCGUGCAUGCAUGUUGCCGCAAUGGGCCGCCCACGCGCGAGAUAUCGUUGCGAAAUGACGCGCUGGCAUGAUCGAACGGAUGUGCGUGAGAUCGCGGAAGAACAAGAGCACGGAUGAAAGAGCUCGGUUAUCAAAGGUCCGGUCCUAAAAAUGACGACUGCCGUCGCGUUGCAACGCUGUGUCGGGUAGGCAAGCAAAAGGAAGGAAACAAGAUCGUCCAGGGGUCAAAGUUAGAAAACAUCCGCGCGGUGUUAGAGUAGUAGUGGUGGUUGGUUAGUGGCGGUGAUGCCCGAGUGCAGUUCCUCCACAUGUGCAUUCGGGUAUGAGGAGAUGACCGGAGAGAGGGGUGUUGGUGGUGGUGGAGGCGCGCGGGACCCACUUGUUCGCCGGCGGGUUGGCUCGACACUCGUGAGCGCGUUGCCGGUGCGGCAACAUCGGGUGCUUCCUCUGCUUCGGCGCGACCGACGGCGUUCACGUUUCCGCGUCGAGGAAACCGGCGACCACGCGGAUGUCACAGCACCGGACGACCUGAGGCAAGAUCAGGGUCCUGGGAGAGUCGCAGGCACCGACAAGAAUCAAAAGGUGGUGACGGCCGGUGUGAUUGCAACUGGGACGUUGCAGAGAGAAAGUGCACGAGGUCCGGCGCGGCGAAAAGUCGUAUCCUCGAACGUGGGGAACAUGUUUUGAGCGAGCGGAAACAGUUUCGACGUACGGUGACUCGCAUUUACUCUGAGGAGAAGAACGGAACCGAGAAUGACGACCGAGUCGUUGUCGCGCGAGGUGGACGCGCAUAUCGUCACCAUCCUGACGAGGUUGUCGGCCCUCCGGGAGAACAACGCCGAUGUCGUCGAGAGGAAGGCACCAAUGUCGAUCGAGGCUCGCAGUCUGGAGCUGUGGCGCGCGGUAGCCGUCGAGUGUUUCGCUACUUUUCUAUUCAGCCUGGUUGUAUCCGGUGCAGCCGCGGCCUCCGCUGUAUCCGGAAGCGGGCUCUCCGUGUUAGCUACCGCGGUGGCUUCCGGCUUCGCCAUCGCCGCGAUCUCCCUCAUCUUCAGCCACGUGAGCGGUGGACACGUGAAUCCAGCGGUCUCCGUGUCGUUCGCUUUGUGCAGACGGAUCUCUCCACUUCGCGCGGUGCUCUAUAUAGCGGCGCAAUGCGGCGGCGGGAUAGCUGGGGCGGCGAUGCUUUAUGGAGUAACUAAACCUUCGAACACGCAGACUCUGACGUCUCCCGGCCGGCUGGGAGGCCCGAUUGAAAGACUGCUGGUCGAGUUAGCGUUAUCGGUGCUUAUCAUGCUGGCACAUUUCGCCGCCGACUCACCCAGAUCACUGCCACCUGCAAUCUCUACGAAAGCUGCCGGGGUUUUAGCCGCAGCCUACACAGCGGCCACUCUCGUUUCCAGCCCAUUCCUGAAUCCAGCGCGCGCCCUGGGGCCGGCCUUCGUGUUGAACCGCUGGGACAACCACUGGGUAUACUGGGUGGGCCCACUGUCAGGUGGCGCCGUGGCGGCGCUGCUUCACGAAUACGUGCUGUGUCCCAAACGCGUAAAGGACCCUCGCGAGAUAGACGACGGUGACAACUCAUCCAUGAGGUCCGACGAGGAUACUUACGACGACCUGGACAAACCGACGAACGGACCGAAAUUCCCAGGCGCGUACGCGACCUAUCGCCCGGUCGCCGGCGCCUCCUCGUCGAUCUACAGCGCGCCCCCGUCCGCGUUGGAGCGCGUCGAGUCGAUUUACGGCGGCACUAAGUCGCUGUACUGCAAGUCGCCGCCGUUGACUCGCGCGAAUCUGAAUCGCUCGCAGAGCGUUUACGCGAAGUCAACCUCGGGCCCGCGGGACGGCCUGAUGAUACCGAAGCCGGGGCCGUUGGUGCCGGCCCAGAGUCUCUACCCCAUCCGCCUGGGUGGUCAGAACGGUUGCCAGAACGGGCUGGCCACCCGCGAGAACCAGCCCGUCACCGGCGGCGCCGCCGGCGCUGCCGGAGCCGGCGGUCCGCCGAGCCAGACUUCGCAGAACCACAACAGCACCAAUCAGAACAUGCAGAAUCAACUGCAGCAAUGCACACAGAGCAUCUACGGCAUCCGUGGCAUUUCCACGAGCCUGAGCACGCGGGAGAACGGCAUCUACGGGGUGUCCACGGGCUCCAGCAUCUAUGGGCGCGCGCCGGCGCCGCCGCCGGCCAGCCAAAACUCCCAGCAACCUGCUCAGCAAGGCGGCCAGACCUCGGUGCAGAACCACCCGCCGCCGCCGCCUCCGCAGCAGCAACAGCAACAGCAACACCAGCAUCAGAACGGACCGUUGUCGAGCGGCUCUGAAAACGGGCCGAAUCCCAGACGGCCCGAGAGCAUGUACGGCCACGUGUCGAGGCGCAGCGACGACUCCGCCUACGGCAGCUACCAAAGCUCGUCGAGGGGCAAUUAUGGCAAGGUACCCGGACCACCGGGCCCGCCAGGACCGUCAGGACCGCCAGGACCGCCGCAAUAUCGCGAGCAGGGCAGACCGAGCCCGGCCGGGCCGCUCCAGCAGAGUCAGAGCGCGCAGAGUAACUUCCAAAGAAACUCACCGAAUCCCCAGUAUUGACUGUAGACUGAAAGCCGAUGGACCUUGCGAGGAUUCUCGCACCAUUGGCGAAUCGUCCCCGAAGAGACCGCUCGCGGGAUCGUUUCCAUCCGCGCCGCCGAAUACGUUCUGAUGAUUUCCACCAGAUAGAGCGCGUAAUCUCCAAGCGACUAGGAAAAUCUGUAAAUAGAAUCUUAGUUAACGAAUGUUUGUAAUUCUUCGACGCGUUCGCUGUCAUGAUGAUCCUUCCCGCGUUGAAAGGCACGGAUGUCGAGUAACGGAAGGAAAAUGCGCGACUACGAAUCGUCGCCCGUCUUAUUUGCCGCCGGCGUCGCGAUCGAAUCCGUUUAUUUGUAAUGGCAAUCAAACGUUUGUAACGAUAAUAUAAUUUGCGAACUGAGAGAUGUGACUGUAUAUAGAAUUUUAUAGAGAUAUUUAGACCUACGAUUUUUUUAUUAUUUAUAACAAUAUCUGAGAUUGAAUAUAUGUAUCUGCGAAAAAACACGAAGCCGCGUCUUUUCUAUUUUCUGUUGUAUAAUAAGAUAAUUUGUGAAAACAUCGAUAACGAAAACACUGUUCGAUGCACAAUUGAAUACGCAUGAUUUUCGCGCAACGUAAUUAUAUAAUUCUCUUAGAUCUCUCGUCUAAUUUAAUUUCCAUCUCGUAUCAGUUAGCAAUAAUUCAGUGUCAGCUGAAUAAUUGGGAAAUUUUUGUAUGAUUAUCAAUCUGGUUGAUAAUCAAUCUUAGGUAUAGCAUGUGCCAAAUAUUUUCCAAUGCACUCAAACAACACAAUGUCCAAAGUCAGAACAUAAAAUGUCUUAAAGAUGAGACGUCUUGAUAUAUCACGACUUGAAGACGUCCAAAAGCCUCAUUAGUCUCAUGUCCCAAUUUUGAACAUUUAUAUUGUCCGGGAAUAUUCUUUUUCAAGGAACAAUCGGCGUACGAAUUAGAAUGCUUGUCUUAAAAAUUAUUCGUGAAAAGUCGACUAUGCACAAUAUAAAUUAUACCGUGAACAUGAUAUCAUUAUUCGUGUCUCACGCAUUCAUAGAAAGUUCAUCUAUGCUAUAUAACGAAUAGUAGGUAGUUUUAUAUAUAAAAAUGAAAAACAAAGUAAAUGUUAAUAUUUAAAUACACGCAAGGUAACUGUGUAACAUACUAUAUGGAAAAGUGGCGAAGUAAAUAGUUAGAUUCUUCGUGUCAUAGAAAUCCCCAUGUAAAAGCAUUUGUAUAUAUUAUGUGUAUUUAUUAAUCCGCAUCUACACGUGGUAAUUGUAAGUUUUGAUAACUGUUACAUUUGCAUAUGCACACGUAUUUCUAAUAUAUACAUAUUAUAUA